AUGUGGUCCCUGGCGUCGCGGACCUCACGCCUGGCGAUGUCGAGGGCGCGGUCGGCCUGGCGCUCUGCCUCCUCGGCGCCCAUGAUGCGCUCGCGCGCGGCUAGGAUGCUCGGGUCCGUGGUGUCGUGGUGGCGACGGGACAGGAGGGUGGAGCGGCGGCGCGGGGGACUGGCCGACGUCGAGGCCGUGCUCAUGCUGCUGACGCUGUUGGCGUCGACGGAUCGCCGGUGCCGGUUGAAGAAACCGCCCCCGUCGCGGCCCGUGGGGCUGGUGUUGUGCGCUGCCAUCGGGGCUGGGGCCGGGGCUGAUGUCCGCCGCGCGGUCGGCACGGGGGAAACGGAGCGCUUGCGGCCAAAGAGGCCCCGACGUUCUUGGCGGACGGGCUCUUGGACGACGACCUCCUCCUUGGGUGGCUCGUGGCGGGAGAAGAGAGGCAUUUUUUGUGGAGAUUUUUUUAUUGGGAGGGCUCCCAACCAGACCAACAUGGCGUCGAGAUCUCGAUCGCCAGUCUCAGAUCGAGGCUCGCGGGCAAAUAGAAACCGCCGCUCGCCCUCCCGCGGUCGAUCGCGAACGCCUUCACACUCGCGCUCGCCAUCGCCACGCCGCAAUGGCCGAUCACGAGGCGCCGACAGCCGCAGCCGGAGCAGAAGUCGAAGCCGGACACGAAGCCGCACCCGUACCCGAAGUCCGUCCCCCGGUCGCAGUCACAGCCGUGGCCGAGAUGUCAGGAUGAGAAGUCGCACAAGGAGUGUGUCGGCUAGCCCGGCGCCACGCAGUACCAAGAUUGUUAUUGAGAGGCUCACCAAGAAUGUCACUGAGGAUCACUUGCGAGACAUAUUCGGACAGUACGGCGAGAUUCGCGAUCUUGAUUUACCCAUAAACAGACAGGGCACGAACCGCGGAACAGCCUACAUCUUAUACGUACAGGAGCCCGACGCCGAGUCGGCCAUCGCCCACAUGCACGAGGGCCAGAUCGACGGAGCCACCGUCAACGUAUCCAUCGUCCUGCCGCGCCGCAAGUUCUCCCCCGAGCCACCGGGGGCUCGCCGCGGCAACCCGCACAUCGACCCGCGACACAUAGCACAAGCCGCUCGCGUGGGUGGACUCGCGUCUGCCGCUGCCGCAGGUGGCUCUAGUGGCUUCAGAGGAUCCAGGGGACGAGGAGGCGGCGGGCCACCAGCCGGCCCUCGUGGAGGUCGCAACAACGAUGUAUACAGGCCCUCUUCUAGGAGCAAAUCGCCUGAUGCGGGACGGGCGGGCGGCUACAGGAGCCGGUCGCCUGGAUCACCAUACUCCAACAGGUCUGAUUCUAGGUCGAGGAGGCGCGGAGGUGGAGGUGGUAGGAGGGAUACGGGUGGCGAUGAUUAUGGAAGGCGGCGAAGCCCCAGCCGCGAUAGCUAUAGCAGUUAUGGUGGCAGGCGGAGCAGGUCGCGGUCGCAGAGCCGCGGCCGUGGUGGUCGCAGCUACCGCUAA